AUGCGCGGGGGCGGCGCGGCGCGGCGCGCAGGCGCGGGCCGGGCCGCCAUCAUGGCGGCGGCGGCGGCGCCGCCCGAGGCCUUCCUGGUGCCGCCUCCGCCGCCUCCGCCGCCCCCCGCGGGCCCUCAGAGACCCCCCGAGACCCCCCGGCCCCGCAACGGGCUCCGCGCUACCGGCGGCGGCGGAGGCGGCGGCAAGCGGCGCGGCAGCUGCGGCGCCAAGCAGCCGGCGUGGAAGCGUCGCCGCCGCGCGGCCUCGGAGUGCGGGCCGGUGCUGCCGUCGGAGUUCCUGCUCGGCGGGAACAUCUUCGACCCCCUGAACCUCAACAGCCUCCUGGACGAGGAGGUGAGCCGGGCGCUGAACGCGCGCACGCCGCAGUCGUCGCCGCUGCCGGCGCGGGGCAGGGACCCCGUGGAGAUUUUGGUGCCCAGGGACAUCACGGACCCGCUGAGCCUCAACGCGCCGGGCGACGACGGGCCCGAGGUGCGGCUGGCGAGCCCCGCCAAGAGCGGCCGCAGGAGGCACCGGCACCGCGGGCAGCAGCGGGCCAACAGCGCCAGGAAUAAUAACAAUAGUAACACCGGGAAUAACAACAAUAGCACCGGGAAUAAUAACGGGAAUAACGCCGGGAAUAGCGGCGGCCCCGAGGAGCCGCCCCCCCCCGAGCCCGGCCCCACCGGCCGCCACCGCAAGCGCCGACGGACUUGCAGCAAAUCCGAGGGGCCUCGCCCGCCUCCCCCUACCCCUCAAAACCACGAGAAGCCCCCUUCACCACCACCACCACCAACAACACCCCAACAACAACACCAGGAGAAAACCCCGCAGGAAAAAGCGGGGAAAGCGACCCCGGGCAAAGCCCCGCGUCGCCAGGAGCGCAAAUUCCAGUACGGGAACUACUGCAAAUAUUACGGGUACCGCAACCCCGACGUGGAGGACCCGCGGCUGCGGGCGCUGCGGCCCGAGUGGUUCGCGGGCAAGGAGGUGCUGGACGUGGGGUGCAACGUGGGCCACUUGACCCUGAGCAUCGCCAAGCGCUGGGGGCCCCGCAGGGUCGUGGGGAUGGACAUCGACGGGCGGCUCGUGCGCUCGGCGCGCCAGAACAUCCGCCACUACCUGUCCGAGGGGCUGGGGGAAGGGAGGGAGGGGCAGAGGAGAGGAUUCCCCGCCGCCCUCUCGGCCAGCCGAGGUCCCAUCGCGGCCCCGCAGCUGCCCCCGGAAGGGCCCGAGGCCGCCGAGUUCCCGCACAACGUGGUGUUUGUUACGGGUAACUACGUGCUGGAGCGGGAGGAGCUGGUGCAGGCUCAGCGCCCAGAGUUCGAUGUGCUGCUGCUGCUGUCGCUCACCAAGUGGGUUCAGCUCAACUGGGGGGACGAGGGGCUCAAGAGGCUCUUCCGGAGGGCGUUCCGGCACCUGCGCCCGGGCCUCCUGCUCGAGCUCCCAGCCCUGGGGUCCUACCGAAAGCGCAAGGGGCCUACCGAGACGACGUUCCGGAAUUACCAGCGGGUCCGGCUGAGGCCGGAGCAGUUCCCGGCCUACCUGACCUCCCCCGAGGUGGGCUUUGAGCGCUUCGAGCUCCUGGGGACCCCCCAGCACAGCUCCAAAGGCUUCCAGAGGCCGAUUUAUCUCUUCCACAAGGGACAAGGUGACACCCCUGAGUCCCCUCCCCUCCCCCUCUCCCAGGACCCCCCAAAUGUUUGGGGGCUCUGA